CUUCCUCUCCUCUUUAUUCUUUCUUUCUUUUUUCUUCCCCCUACUUGUCCGUUUUUCCUUCACUUUCAUUAAUUUCCUUUUUAGUCAUUUACUUUCCUUUAAGCUUGAAUAAAAUAUGAGCAACAUCGUCUAUGCUGUUCACAACUUUGAAGCCGAAAAUGAAGAUGAAAUUAACUUUUCGGUGGGUGAACCUAUUGUUGUAUUAGAAAAAGAUGAAAAAUAUCUCGAUGGAUGGUGGCAGGGACGUAAUAUCAAAGGCGAGACUGGACUCUUUCCAAUGAAUUACACUUCACCGGAAAAACCACAAAAGCAACUUUACAUACCUAGUCCGCACUUAUCUUCACGUUCAUCCGGAUCAACCAUUGAAGAUGAAAUUGAUGAUACCAUAUCUCGAAUACAAUCAUCAUAUCCAGUCAACAAUAAAGUGGAGCAAUGGGAUGUUCAACAAGUAGCAGAUUGGCUCAGAUCUGUUGGGUUCGAAUCAGUAUCCCAAAACUUUAUUGACCAAGAAAUCACGGGUGAUAUCUUGUUGGAUUUGAACAUUGAAGCAUUAAAAGAACUAGGCAUAAACACAUUUGGUAAACGAUAUAAAAUUAUGCAGGCCAUUACUUCUUUAAGAGACGAAUCCGGUGUUGAAAAAUUAAAGCAAACCAACGGUCAUCAAUCACCGCCUGCUCCUAACGCAUCUGUUUCGACUAGUGCCAUUAUGCGCUCAACACCUAGUAGAGCUUCUACUAGCUUACGUCGAUCGAACUCACAAAACACAUCAUCUAGUAGCACAAAUGACGAUGGUCUUUAUCAAUUUCCGAGGAAAGCACCUUUACCUCCUAUUAGUCAUGAUAUCGAGACGAAUUCAUUUAUAUCGACCAGCAUUCCCAGGCCCUUGUCUCCUCAAAGCCUUAGCUCUUCAGGUAUCAGUCGAUCAAACACAUACAACACAGUAUCCUCUGGCGGAAGUCGUACAACACGAAGCAGAGAGCUUAGUCCAGAUCCAAAAGGGUUUGCCAACAGAACUCUAUCUCAAAUGGGUCAGCGUGCACUAGAUGAGACAAGUCACUGGUUGAUGAGUGACACAAGUUCUAAUAUUCAACCAGUCACUUCGAAAUCAACACCAAAACAGUCAUUGCAAACAGCAAACUCGUACAAGCUAUCAUUUGAUGAAUCUCCUUAUCGUGCAUCCACAACAGAAGCAUUUCAAGCACCAGAGCAUGAAGGUUGGUUACAUAAGCAAAGUGAUAAAUACAAGACGUGGAACAAGCGCUGGUUUGUCCUUAAAGGAACCAACCUUUUCUAUUUUAAGAGUCCCAAAGAAGUGCGCAUGAAGGGAAUAAUUAAUUUAAGAGGAUAUAAAAUCAUCGUAGACGAAACUAUUCACGCUGGCAAAUAUUGCUUCAAAGCACAACAUGAAUACGAAAGAACCUUUUACUUUUAUACAGACACAGAAGAAGCCAUGAGGACUUGGUUAAAGAUGCUCAUGAAAACAACGAUUGCAAGAGACUUUAGAGCACCUGUAAUGUCAUCCAAUCACAUCGCCACUGUAUCCCUUGAUGUUGCACGACGUAUGAGACCAAGACCUCCCUCUGUGAUUAUGUAUAAAAAUCAAAAGCAAACAAAAGCCAAUAAUAAUCAAGAUGCACUCAAGAUGCCUGUGGUAGAAGAAGAUGGCCAGCCUAAUGCCUCAACUACUUCAGAAUAUCAUAGUAGACAAAUGCGAGAAUCAGGCAUCACACAUCAUAUCAUUCAUGAAGAAGAGGAAGAACAAGAUAUACCAGAAAUACCAUCUCAAUAUCAAAAACAACAACAACAACAACAGCAGCAGCAGCAACAUUAUCUGCAUGAGGAAGAAGAAGAAGAUCUGAUUGAUCCUCAACAUCGUAGCUUACCCCUUAGUGAUUCCCACCAUAGUAUAACAUCCAGUAUUUCUGAAGAAGAGGAUGAUUAUGAAGAAGAGUACAGACCGCAUCAUUGGAAUGCUGCUCAAUAUAUCGAAUGGAUAAACUCUUAUUUACCUCCUGGUAAAAAAGUCAUUGAUCUUACUAGUGCAUUCAGAAACGGUGAUACCCUCAUUUUACUACUUGAAGCCAUCAGUCAAAAGACGAUUCGCAGACCUCCUGCUCAAAAGGGUGGUUCUGUAAGUGUUAUGAUGCUUGAUAACAUUGUUGCUGCCUUCAAGUUCAUGGGUAGAGAGGGUGUAGAGGUUGAUGGACGAUACACGAUUAAAGAUGUGUUUGGAGGUAACGAGGAUAAGAUCUUGACCAUGUUAGAUGCUAUCAAAGAGUGGGCAGAUGCCAACUAUUUAAAGAAAUCAGAUACCUCAGUCUUGAUCAGUAAGGAUAGCGGGUGGAGAGGCUCUGCCAUGAUGGAUCACCGUCCCCAUACAGCUUUAUCAGACGACGACUAUUAAUAUUACUUAAUCUUGUAGAAUUCUAUAUGUGAUUUAUCCAUUCCUUAAAAAAUAUUCACCUGUUGAACCACCCUUAACUUUCCUUUGUCCUUUGUUUCUUUUAUCUAUGCAAUCACUCACUCACUCUCUUUUGAUGCAUAUUCUAUAUAUUAUAUCCUCUUUCUUUCUCUUAUACAUAUAUAUAUAUUUAUAUAUAUUCAUACAUACACAUCCGAUCUCAUGUUAUUUUACAAUAAAAAUCGCCCUGCUUCCAUUAAAUUACAAGCCUUGCUUUGGUUAACAAUCAAUGCAACUAGCACUCGGCUCAUGAGAAUCCAAAGUAACUGUGCUACAGCCAUCAUAAAUUUGAUUACAAGC